AUGUCCCGCUCACGGGCACGCUCCGGUUCCUCCAUUCGCCGCCCCCUCGCCGCCGGGAAACCUAACCCUAGCUCCAUCCCCCGCCCCCAGGUACAGGUCCCCGCGAAGGAGGCUCCCGAUUCAGGCCGCAGCACCGCCGCAGCGUCGCGCGCCGGCCUCGAUCGUCUCGUCACCGAUGCAGCAGAUAUGUUUCCAGGUCUUUCACCGCCUCCGUCUCUGGUGCCGAGCGUGUCACCCGCAGCUACUGAUCAGUCUUCAUCCAUAGGCGCCAGCAUCGCCAUUGUUGCUGUUGUCAUAAUUGCCACGACUCUCUUGACCUGUUGCAUUGGGGUCCUCUGCCGUAGCUCCCGCCAUCGUCGCACGUCCUGCUCUUCAUUCUCCCACCACCGCCGCAGCAGCUCCCCCAAGGCCUCGUCGUCAGCAGCGUCCAAAAUGAAUGCAGAAGUGUAUGUGUCUGGGUUGGAGCUCCCUGUGCCAUCUGCGCCCUGUCUACCGGAGGUUGAGAAGCUGAUCUUGGAGUUGCUCUCGCAACCCCCAGUGCUGGUGAAGCCGGGGAGCAGAAUGUUUUGCUGCAUCUGCGGCCAAUUUUUUGUGCCUGGUGAUUUGAUCAUGGCUCUUCCGGUGUGCUCACACAAGUUCCAUCAAUCGUGCGUUAUCUCACGGAUUCGCCGACCCGCAGCACCUUCAUGUUGUCCCUUCUGCGAUGCUCCCAUUACCAUUCCCUGCACUAACAAGACAAGGCUUGCACCAACUUACUGCUCAGAUCAGUAUGACAUUGAGGCACAGAUCAUGACAACGCCAGCUCCGCCUGGAGAGGAGGUGGCAGAGGCUGUUGGGGGCUCUCGUGGGUGGCUGCGAUCUUCACUGGACAGACUUUCAGGCAGCUGGAGGGGUUGCUCCAGCAACCAUGCCACUGCAGUGGUAGUGCCUGUGCCCUUACAGCAUACAACCAGAAGCUGGAGACUAGACAACAUGGGCCACCUUGGCACUGAUUCAAAUGGCACCCAGAUGCAGUCUGGCGAGGAAGUACAGGCUGUUGGGGGCUCUCAGGGGUGGCUGCGCUCUUAUUUGGCUACACUCUCCAACAGCUGGAGUGGACGCUCAGACAGCCCUUCCUCUAUUGUGGUUUUACCAUUGUCCUCAGGGCGUGCAACUGAGAGCUUGAGCCAGGUACCAAGUGGCUGUGGUGGUACUGGUUCAUGGUCUAGGAGCUGGGAUCUUGAAGCAGCUGAGCAGAGGACCUAG